UUUGUGCUGACGUUAACUUGACUUAGUCCAUAGUACAUUUAAACAACCCUAUUGCGAUGUCAUAUGUGACGAUGGAUAUUAGUAUAUAUGCUCUUGUGCAUACAGGUCUAUUAUUUUACACUGCAUCCUAGCAGACCAAAUGGAGGUCCAGCGAUGGGAAAUUUGUGUUUGAAAAAUGUCGUGGUUACCAUAGUAAUCGUUCUCAUACAUCUGCAACUGGUGGCGUCAACGUGGUGGUUUAUAAGUCAGUUGCCGCUUCACGCGGUCGGCGCAGGGGUGCUGUGUGACAACGUACCGGGACUGGUUGGCAGACAGAGGCGCAUGUGCAGGAUUCACCAGGAGGCGAUGGUGAUCCUAGGGCAGGGGGCGCUACAGGGCGUGCACGAGUGCCAGCACCAGUUCCGGCAACACCGCUGGAACUGCUCCACCCUGGACCGGGACACGUCCGUGUUCGGCAAGGUGCUCCUCAAAGUAGGAACAAGAGAAGCCGCCUUCGUCUACUCGAUAUCUUCGGCGGGGGUCGCGUAUUCCAUCACACGAGCCUGCAGUCUCGGGCACCUCAGCACGUGCGCGUGCGAUCCGAACAGGAAGGGGCGUGGUCGAGACAAACAGGGAAAUCCCUUCCAAUGGGGCGGCUGCAGCGAUGACGUCAACUAUGGACAGAAGUUCGCGAAGAUGUUCAUUGACGCUAAAGAGAAACAACAUAUGGACGCGAGGGCGUUAAUGAAUCUGCAUAACAACAAAGCCGGCCGUCAGGCAGUCCAGAAGCAGCGGAAGCUCGAGUGCAAGUGUCACGGGAUCAGCGGCUCGUGCGCCAUGAGGACCUGCUGGCGGGCCCUCCGCGACUUCCGACGCGUCGGCACUUUCCUCAAAAAUAGGUACAACGGCGCCAUACAGGUGAUGAUGAACCAGAACUCGGCCGACGCCGACCUCGUUGUUGCCAAUAGAAACCAUAAGAAACCAACGAAGUACGACCUCGUAUAUUUCGACGCGUCGCCCGAUUACUGCAACGAGGAUUUAGAAUUAGGUUCUCCGGGGACAGCAGGUCGGGAGUGCAAUGCUUCUUCCAUCGACACUGACGGCUGUGACAUCAUGUGUUGUGGGCGCGGGUACCAUACGCAUACUGAGAAGCGCGUGGACAAGUGUGAGUGCAAGUUCCACUGGUGUUGUGAUGUGGUCUGCAAGAACUGCACGAGAACUGUAGACGUGCACACGUGCCUUGGGGAGCGUACGCAGCGAAAAUAUAAAUGGGGACAUUAACUGGACACUCUGAGCAAUAACAGGUUACACAAACGCUUAUUAACUGUACACUAAAGAGCGAGAACAGGUUAUACAAGCCCUUUGUAAAAUUACGACGUCACAUAGUGUCCAUAAACUCUAGGCCAAGUGUCGCACAAUUAGCCAAGCAAGAAAUAUUCACAACGGUAUGUUCGCUCUGUGCAAAGUAAAACAUAAGAAGUUACCGUACCAUGUGUGAAGAAAAACAUUUUUUAAAUUUAUAAUAAUUGUUUUGCCAAAUUAAUGUACUUUAAAGGAAAAAAAAUCCAUGAAAAGUAGGUUAACUAUUGCAUAAUAUGCAAUCAGAAAUGGCUGUGUUGCACGCGGAUAUCUUCAACACCAAGAAAUAUUGGUUGUAAGCUUAUUGUUAAGGUAAAAUUGCUUCAAUUUGUUUUCAUAACUAAUACUGGCUUUUUAAAGCGCGAGUGCAUGUUUUGUUUUCUCUUCAAUGUUAUUUGUUACAUAAAUGUGAUAAGUGAUAUACCUCAUUUGUUUGUCAAUA